AUGAGCAAGGAGGCAAAAUUAAGGCAAGUAUUUGGCGCUCUGGGCCUUGUUCACCUUCCUGAUUAUUUGCAGGCUAAUUUGCCAACAACCGGGAAAAAAGAGGAACUUAUUUCCCGUAUAAUCGCGUCUCCUGCCGCCUUCGGACCUCCUGCUCCUAACAAUCCCGCGCCGGCCCCCGUCGAGACGGCGCCAUCGGGCGGCGAUGAUGAUCUCUUUAAGCCUCCCGAGGAGUUCGACUGGAAUUUAGUGGCGACGUCCGCAGAAACGGAGGGAACUGGGACGAGUGUGGCCUCGUAUGCCCCAGCCGGGGGACCAACACCCUUAACGGGGAAGCCGCUGUCACCUAGGAAGCCGACCUCAGCAUCAAAAGCGACACCUAUUUCUACCCCCGCCCCUGUUCCUCCUUCGUCUACGCCGGCCUCCGUUCCCGCUGCUGGGAUGAACAAACCCGGGGCAGAGCCAUCCAAGCCGGUUGAACCAGUUCCUCUUGACCCUGAGGAAGCAAAAAAGAAGGCUCGUGCUGAGAGGUUCGGGGUCCCUUACGUGCCGCCUAAGGCAGCUAAACCCACUCAGCCUGUGACGCAAGCGGAUGAGGUGAAGAAGGUGGCUCGAGCAGCUCGCUUUGGCAGUGCAAAUGCCGCCACUGCCAAACCGACCCGUACGUUGGACCCUGCAGAGGAGGAUAAAAAGAGGAAACGCGCUGAACGUUUUGGGACGCAGCUAACUGAAGCGCCUGUGGAAAAGAAAGCCAAGACGACGUCUUAACCACUUGGGCUGGUUGUUUGCAUUAGACAAUGUAACUUAUAGACAUAUGCAUGUUGUAUUCAUACUUGGCACGUGCGUCUACUUACAGUUUGGUUGGUUGACCGGUCGGGGACCAGAGCCCUAUUACUAUGGUGGAUCACAUACGUAGUCCCUCUGUGAUUGCAAGGUUUGCCUGCGUGUGAAUGGCCGAUGGAGUUGGAUUUAUUGAUGGUUGUUUUGUUCGAGGCAAGCCAAGUCGG